CUACACAAUGACCAAUUCCUCUGCCAUUUCUCUUUCCUGUUUUUUUUCACUGCUCUUCAAGCUGGAGGAAGUGAAGGUAGCAUUGCUGCUGGUGGUUCUGCUUAUCACUGGGGACCUCUUCAUGUUCACCUACAAGUCACAGUUCAACACAUGGGGGUUUGUGGUGGUGCUGUGUGCCUCUUUCAUUGGGGGUAUUUGCUGGACUCUCAUGCAGGUACUUAUGCAAAAGGCUGAGUUGGGACUCCAGAACCCCAUUGAUACCAGGUUUCACCUGCAGCUACUCAUGUUCCUGGGGCUCUUCCCACUCUUUGCAGUGUCUGAGGGCCUGCCUUUGUCCGUAUCGGAGAAGCUCUUCCAUUUUCAUGAAGCAGGAAUGCUGUUCUGUCUGGUAGGGGAGCUGUUCUUGGGUGGAAUUCUUGCCUUUGGUCUAGGCUUUUCUGAGUUUCUCUUGGUUUCCAGAACAUCUAGUCUCACCCUUUCCAUUGCUGGUGUUUUUAAGGAAAUCUGCAUUUUGUUCCUUGCCACACAUUUGCUGGGAGACCACCUCAGUCUCUUGAGCUGGCUGGGCUUUGCUGUCGUCUGUCUGUCAGGAAUCUCCCUUCAUGUCAUUCUCAAAGCCAUGAAUUCCAAAGGUGAAAAGUCACUGAAGCUACACAAAGAGGCCAGCUCUGACCCUGACCUGAAGCUGCUGCUGUGCCCCACUGAACAUGGUGAGGAGGAGGAAGAGGAUCUUGAAACCCCACAGCAACACUGACUGAACAUGAAGCACAAAGCCUUCUGCUCUGUUCUUACCAAACCUGAUUGACAGCAGCCUAGGAGGAAGGUACUAGAGUCUCUGCCUGUGACCACCCAAAAGAGCCAGGGCCUGAUAUGAUUGUCCUGCUGCUCUUCUACAGUGUGGAUUUGUAGACGCUGGACAAGAAACAGGCAAAAUCCCUUUCACAGAGAGUGAACUUGGAAGAUGAGUCCUGGUUCAGUGGAAGUAGAACAGUGCAGUGAGACUGGGAAAAAGCUAUAGGAGGCUUACUGUGGAAUCCCUGAAGGCUGUAUAUUGAGAGCAUAGAUCAUGAGCUGUAGAAUGAGCAUGGAUAUGUCUGCACUACAGGCUGAGUGGUUCAGUAUGAUUUGAGCGUUGUUUGAGCUUUGGCUUCAAAAGAGAAGGUAGAUAAACCAUCCCAUACUUUCUUUACUGUUCUGCUAAGUAGGACCUUCCAUCUUGGUGGGAGCAGAUGACUACAUAUAUAUCAGUAGACUUGUCUUCGUGAGAAGGAGCCUUUGUGCUUGGUAAUCUCCAUGUUUUUAUGCACAGUAUGGAGAGAAUUAAAUGCUAGUAUUUGGGACCAGUUGAACAUAGCCAAAUGAUGUUGGUUGGAGGAAGGACAGAGAUGUGUGCGCACUUAUGGCCCCACAGGCUAAGGGGAGGUAGAACAAUAUCACAGGAGAUCUAAUUUAAGCAAUAAGCUUGUCUGAAAGUAUGUGGGUGCUUGGG